AUGCAUCCAAGACAGCAACUAUACGAUUCAUUUUUGGAUGUUUAUUGUCAACUUCAUAAGGACCUUAAGAGACAGGUUGCAUAUCGAAAUGGUCAAAAAGCAUGGAGUGAAAUAAAACCGAAAGGAGACGAAGCAAUUAAAACUGAAAUCUCUCAAAUGACAGCUAAAUUAAAAGUUAAUCAAUCGUUAUUAUCACCUGUUUAUAUGUUAUGGAACCAGAAAAAAAAAUUAUCUUCAUCAACGCCACCUGUAGCAUAUGCAGCGUCUUCAUUACCAUCACCAUCUUCUGAAGAACAAACUAACACUCCAUCAUCAUCCAAUGUAACAAAUUCUCCUGUAACUUCAAGAGAAUGUUUUAAGCAAAAUAAUUUACAAAAUGAAUUAAAUACAAUCAAUGAGCAAAUAGCUGCAUUAUCUGGUUUAAAAGCAACUGGUUUAUGGAGACCGAAGAAUUCUAAAGAAUUAAAUGAUUUAACGAACAAACGGUCUAAAUUAAAACAAGCUUUACAUAGAUUAAAAAAUAAUCAAGCUGCUCAAACUCGAGCGAGAAAAAAUCGUCGUUUAAAAUUGGUUCGUUUACUUGAUAAUCAUCCGGAAUUAGGUGAAGAAAUGUCGUCAUUGGUUCGUUCUGCACCUGGAAAACCUAAUAUUGAAGAUUCUCAACCUGGANGGUGA